ACAAUCCACCAUGCGGCUUAACGUGGUUUCCUUGGUGCUUCUUUAUGUUAUGCGAUCGGCGAGUUUAAGACCCAACUCAUUUGUUAUGUUUGAAAAAAUUAAAAUGGAAGCACUUGAUAACGUUUUGAACCACUUCAACAAAAAGUUCACUUUUCUGGAAACUCAAAUUUUUGGCGAAAGAAAUAGAAAUAACAAUAUCCCAAAGAAGGAUAAUAUGAAAGGAAGUCAAUUUUUAGACACACUGGUUAAACUUUGUGAAUCAGAAAGAGGGAACUCUACAAAUCCAGGUUUGGAUUUAACAGUUCGUGCAGAAAGUAUAAAAAAUAUAAAUAAUAUCAAAAAUAACAUACAACUGCCGGAAAUUAAAAUACCCCCAAUCACGGUUUUCAUCUUGAAGAAUGCUAUGAGAGCCGCUUCUCACAACACCAUUUUGCUUGAGCCUUCACAUUUAAAACCACCGUCAAGAACAAUGGAUGCGCAAAGAAAAGGAUUGGCUACGGACGUGAAUAGGUGUGUACUUAUGAAAAUCAAGGAAUUAAACGUCAUCAGACCGUGACCAAAAAUAAUAUAAAAAAAUAUCUACAUGAAAACAUUUGAAUAAAUUCCUUGGAUUAAUACUAAGAAAA